AUGGAUGUAUUCACAAACCAGGUGUUGCCUUGGUUGCCGCCGUUAGGCCAGACACUGACAACAAUUGCAAUAUUGGCGGUGGUAUACUACAUCACAAGCGCCAUCUAUUGCAUCUACUUUCAUCCUCUAUCCAAGUUUCCAGGGCCCAAAUCUGCGGCCUUCUCUCGUCUCCCAUUUGCAAUCUCAGCUGUUCGUGGCCAACAAUACAAAUGGAUGGAUAGUCUACAUGGGCGUUAUGGAAAGGUCGUUCGGGUGGGCCCCAAUGAGUUGACAACCAUCUCGUCCGGUGCUUGGAAGGAUUUGUAUCUCCAACGACCGCAGUUACCAAAAGACCCACACCCGCAAACGCCGCCCCUGAACGGCGCCGACUCGCUGUUUACAGCUGACGGAAGCACGCACCAACGUAUGCGAAGGACACUCCUGAAUGCAUUCAAUGACCGAGCUUUGCGUGCCCAGUCACCUAUAAUCGAGUCUCAUACAAAUCUGUUCGUCCAGCGGCUACGGCGCGAGGCAGCCAAAAGUGCCGAUGGUGUCAUUGACCUCGCAAAGUACUAUGGUUAUGCAGCUCUGGACAUUGUCUCAGACCUGGCGUAUGGCGAGAGUUUUCACGGGCUUGAGGGUGACAAUGAGCACAGUUGGAUCAUGGGCUUUUUCCUCGGCGCAAAGUUUGGCGCAGUGCGCAACCACCUGAGUUACUUUUACCCGUUGGACAGAAUAUUUGGAUACCUAUUUUUGCAACUCACGGCUAAAAUACGGAAGCGCAACUGGAAGUAUACGGCCGACUUGGUCACAAAGCGUCUGGAGAUGGGUGAUCUUGGAUCCUCGCGCUCUGAUUUCGUAUCACCAGUCAUCGGCAACAUCAAUGAAACUAAAGAAAAGGGCAUUACUCGCAACGAACUGAAUACGCACUCACUCGCCAUCACGAUCGCUGGCUCUCAAUUGCCUACAGUUGCAUUGACCACGGCUACAUAUCUGCUCCUGACUCACCCCGUUCAACUGAAGCGUCUCCUUGCUGAAAUUCGAUCAUCAUUCCAACAUGAGUCUGACAUCAACGUCGUAACGACAGCCAAACUGCCCUAUCUAGGGGCAGUUAUCGAUGAAACGUUGCGCAUACAUCACCCCACCCCGAUACACCUGCCCCGACUGAUUCCCUCGGAAGGAUUACACGUAGACAAUGAGUGGAUCCCAGGUAACACUGUGAUGGGCAUCGCUAUGCACACAACACAGACGUCGCCUCAAAACUGGACCGAACCGUUGGCAUUUCACCCUGAGAGGUUUCUGCCCCCCACCCAUCCUUUACAUGACGCUCGUUUCGGCAAGGAUGACAUGGAGGCAUUCAAACCCUUCUCCAUUGGCACUCGCAAUUGUAUAGGCGGGAGGGUCUUCCUCGCCGAAGCGCGAAUCCUCAUAGCGCGUACGUUUUGGAAUUUCGAGCUUAGCCUGGAGCCAGGCAGCCGGGUAGACGACUGGCUGGAUCAAAAGGCUUAUCUCGUGUUUGAGCCUAAACCGCUUCGCGUUAGGCUGAUUGAAAAAACGAUUUGA